AUGUUACUAAGUGCUAGAGCUAAGAGGCUUGUUGCAGAACAUCGUUUAAAAACUUUAAGAGAAAAACAGAAUUUAGAACAUAAACAAAAGGAACUUGAGAACCAACGCGAACUGUUAGAACAGGAGAGCGAGUUGGAAGAGGCUAAAAUCGAGGAGUCAGUAUUUACGGACGUUCUGAUUGAAACUUCCGGAAAUGCGCUUGCUACUGAACAGACGUAUAUAAUGAGCGGAUGUGACACGAAUAUUCCGACUUCCGGCGGCGCAACGGAAUCAAAUGAGAAUAUCUUGGAUGGCGAAAAUUCUACUACCGGUUCAGGUUUUGAUCCGAUUGUUAUGGCGACGGUUCAAGGAAAUUCUUCCAGAGUAAAUGGUAAGACGGGCAUUCCUAUACAAUCAGGUUCCAGUCACAGCAAUGGUUCAGAGUUUGAGAGACUGGCAUCCAUUUUACAAGAAGGGUUUAACUUACCUAAGCCUGAGUUACUAGCAUUUAAUGGUUCGGUAAUAGAUUAUACAAAGUUUAUAAAGAAUUUCGAGACAAAUGUGGAGUCAAAAGUAAGUGACAAUAGACUUAAAUUGAGUUACUUGAUACAAUAUUGUUCUGGUGAGGCUAAAUCCUGUAUUGAGGAUUGUGUAUUGUUAAGUUCUGAUGAUGGAUACAAACGAGCUAAAGAAAUUUUACAAUCUCGUUAUGGUAGGCCGCAGGUAAUCGCAAAAAAAUUACAUUGA